UUACAGUUACAACCAAAUGUUUUAUGAGAGACAAUAAUAAUAAUAAUAACAAUAAUAAUAACUUUAUUUUUACAGCACUUUUAAAAACAGAAGUUUACAGUGGUUUGACAAACAUUCAUAAAGCUCAGUAAAAAAUAAAACCUCUGAACUGAAGGAGAAUUUAACUUUUCAUAAUAAACCCAGACAAAACAAGAACCUGCAAUAUGAGACCAUGAGGAUUAAAUAAAAAAGAUAAAAUAGUUUAAAAAAAGAAAUAUAAUAAAAAGAGGGGCAGAAAGCAGGAAACGGGAUAUUAAAUAUAAAUGGACAAUAAUGAUAAUAAAAUAACAAAAUAAUAAUGAUGGUAAUGAUAAAAUGGAAUAACAAAAAUGAGCAGGAAAAACAAUAAAAUCAUUAAAAGGUUAAAUAGGAAAAGAUUAUCAGUAAAACAAAAACUAAAAAGACAGAAAGACGAAAUACGAUAAAAGACGUAAAAGAUUAAAAAAGAUACGAAAGGGUUAAAAACUGUAGGAUGUAAAUUCAUCAACGUGAUUGUUUAUUGACUAAAGAGAGAGGGUUAAAGGAGCAGACAUGAAACACACAAUCCUACAACACACACACACACACACACACACACACACAUCAACAGACACACACAUCUACAGACACACACAGUCCUACAACACACACACAUCAACAGACACACACAGUCCUACAACAGACACACACAGUCCUACAACACACACACACACACACACACACACACACACACACCAGACACACACACAUCUACAGACACACACAGUCCUACAACACACACACACACACACACACACACACACACACACACACACACACAUCAACAGACACACACACACACACACACACACACACACAUCUACAGACACACACAGUCCUACAACACACACACACACACACACACACACACACACACACACACACACACAUAAACAGACACACACAGUCCUACAACACACACACACAUCAACAGACACACACAGUCCUACAACACACACACACACACACACACACACACACAUCAACAGACACACACAUCAACAGACACACACAGUCCUACAACAGACACACGCAAACACAAUCCUACAACACACACACAGAUAAACACAGCUGAACGCCCCCCCC